AUGGCCCGAGUGGCCUUUGACCCGUUUGAGGCGUUAGACUUAGCUCGGGACGCCUCUGGAAGCACGAUCAAAGCACGAUAUCACGAGCUCGCGUUACGCUAUCAUCCCAACCGACAUCAGGGCUCAUCAGAUCAGCAGCAACAACAAAAGUCGACAUAUUCUGAUCACUUCCACCGCGUACACGAGGCGUAUAAUUUGCUAUCCAAAGCGGAUAAUAGGAGACGACGGGCAGAAUUGUUGGAUCUGCUCGACUUGGAAGAAGAUGUUCAUGCACACUUUGCAGAGUUGAUUGAACAGCCCGAAACACCAGAGGAGGAGGAACAAGCCCAUCAUAUCGUCGAUGAUCAGGAAGUUCUCUUCUCCAGCGAUGCCGACGAUGAUCUACCCAAUCUGGGCCUGCAACGUAGACAGACUGAUCUUUCGCGACAUGCCAAUACAGCAAAGCAUGUACGCGAUAAAUCUGAAGGCACGUCUUCUGUGUUGACGCCGGUGAGUCCGGUGAGUCCUACGAGAAAAAGACUGCAAUGGCCCAAGUUGGCAAAUAUAUCCACCGUCUUGGAGGAUGAUACAACCAAAGAGGCAGACUACUUUACACAACGACGCAGGAAACUGAAAAAGUUGGAGAAGCAAGAGCUCGAGGCGUUUUGGGGUUAUCGGGAGGCCAUGGCAUUGAAGUUCAAGGCGGAAGAAGAGGCCGAGAAGCAGCAUGAGCUGUAUGAAAGAGCGAGAUGGAAGCGAGAAUACUUUGAGAGAGCUCCCAAAGAAACAAGGGAGCGUAUGCGUUCCUUUCAACAUUUCAUGGGUGCGGUUUCUGCGUUUGAGCAUCAUACGCCGAGACGACGUGGUCGUUCUACUGUGAGCUAUGGUAGUGGCACCCCAGUUGAAGGUCCUGGGGAGAGCGCCCACUUUCUCAGUCCGACCAAUGCACUUGGUCGUCAAAAGCACAAAAGGGCGUGGAGCACCGAUGUCAGUGGCGAUCAGACGGACAGUGAAGAGGAUUCAGGUGACGCACACUUUCGUACUAUGAGCAAUUGGCGGCGUUCCUUUUAUGGAAAGACUAAUGUGAAUAUGGAACCUCACCGGGGACGAUCGGAUCACGCGAGAGAGCAAUCUCAUCCAGAUGGACCCUUUCAACUCGUGAUACGACAGCCGACCAACCUCAGCUCGAUCCAAGAAGGUCGGAGUUCCAGUGGAGAGACACCGUCGCCGUCAUCGAGGGAGCCAUCUCCAUCUCCAUAUUUAACACAAACGACAAACGCAAACCAUCACAGAUUCACCAUAGUGCCUACACAAAGCACAGCACAGCUUUUGGGUGCUUCGGUCGAACGCCAUCUACGUUCACCAAGUCCCGUGGGACGCGCUCUUUCAUCUUCAACUCGAGAACAAACUCUUCACACAAAUGACGGCUGCUCGCUUGAGCUCAAGAUAGUUGGUACACCGCAUCACUACCACAUCCCGCGCCAGCAUGUCCAUCUACUCAACGAUGCGGACAAAGCGCGGCUACUUGGAGCGGAAUCAGAUGCCGUAGGAGCAGCAGCAGAAGCCAGCAAACUCCUCGACAGGCUGAAUCAGUUGGACCCCACUACAGCCGCCAAAUUCGAAGUCAAGCAGGAUAUCAAGAAGAGCUUUGCCUUUCGCUUGAUUUACGAACACAAGGAUAUUGCAAGUCAGGGACACCAAUCCUUCAUAGCUCUGAGCUAUCGUCGAAAGCUUUCGGUUCGAAAGACACCUUCCCUGUUCACGCUUCCGCUAGACUGUGAAAUGUUCGAGGCCGUCUGGCAGGAAAGGGGAGAGAAUGAGGGGAUAUGGAUUGACCAGAUCUCAAUCGACCAGGAUUCCGAUUUUGAACGGACGGUUUCGAUGAGCGCCAUGGAUAUGGUUUACAGUCGCGCACGCCGGGUGAUUGUUGCUCUGGAUGAUAUUGAAUUCAACCAUCGAGAAGGCGAACAACUUCAAAGUCACAUGGCGGAGUAUAAUGCCCUGGCUCACGUUGCUCCAAGGAAACGAUUUCGUAGGAAGCAGCCGAGUUUCUUGGAGAGCCACGAGCAUAUGUUUGAGAUGAUUCGGAAGAUUCUCAGAUCCUCGUGGUUUAAACGUGCAUGGUGUCGACAUGAGAUGCGUUUGGGAAAGCAUCACAUCUUCCUCAUCCCUUGCACACGUAACAACAACCGGCCCGGAAGAGAUGUUUUACGAUUCAAUGGCAAAUUCAUGGCGCAUCUCCUCGACCUAUCCUUGGAAGUGCCAUUUGAAUCAGAUGUCGAGUCAGUGAAGCCUGCCCUGCACGCCUUUUUCCGAGACAGAUCUAAGAUGGCGCCCGAUGAACGAGAGAUGGCUUCACAUCACGGCAACAUGUCAACUGUGGUGGCCGAAGUGAUGAUGAUGGAAGCUGGAGGGGAUCCUCGAAUUCCUGUUGAGCAAAGAGAGGCGGAUGCAAGAAAGGACAAGAUCGCAAUCAUCUUGAAUACCAUGGAAUGUGGGCUGGCGUUGCAUCAGGAUCUUCGACGUCCAAGUAUACGAAUCUCGCAGGAUGAAUGCUAUCAUGAUCUACUGAUGCUUGGACUGGCUGCACAAGAUCCCGGCUCAUUGUGCGCGAUUGGGUCGCCAUUACCUAUAUCUCCCUCAAACAGCAGCGUACUUUACACCCCGACUGUUGCAGACGCAGGUUUAAAUAAUUCCAAGACCCUUCAACGACUACCCGAAAACGCUAGACUUGCCAUCGAUACCUCUGGCUCGGAGCACUACAUCCAAUUGGACCUCAAAUUCCUACAACCACGAGCGCCGCCCGGACUACAGAGCAUCCCCGAAAUCGGACACGAUCAACAAGUAUGCAAAAGUGCCUCCUUGGAUGAUGCAUUACGAGUCGACAAAACCUCAGAAGCAAUGCAACUAGCCCGCCACAUUUUCGAAAUCUGCGACGGAGAAGGACGAAAAUGGGGCAGGAAUAGAAAAAGAUACCUAACCCAUGACAAAAAAGCAAACUUCCUCUUCGGACCAAUGCAUGACAUCUACGUGGAAACUCUCGCAUGUGUUCUAGAAUGCGGACCAGCAUGGAUGAGCGACAUAGCCGAGCGCUAUAGUAUGGGACGCUGGAAAGUCGACUUACACGGCGCCUAUGAACUCCUCAUCGCUCUACAAAACACUACGGGAAAAUGGCCCGCAGAAGCAUGGAGUGAGCGCUCCGCAGGCUUCAUUGUGGAUUUUGUCAAUUUUCUUGUGAUUCGUGGUUUACCACUACGACAGCUUUCCGAAAAGGAAGAUUGGAGACCUGUGUGGUUUUCUACGGAAGCUGGGGGGAAAGUUCUUAGUUUCGUGCCUGUUGGGAAGAAGGAAUUUAUCAGACCUGCUAUCCCUACUGCUUUGAUUCAUCCGGAUUAUGUUCAUCUUAGUCGACUUUGGAUUCUGGAGCCUAGAAGAUCUGGACAAGAUUUCUCUGGUCAGGAUGAGUGGACAUUAUUGGGAAAGUCUGUCUUGUUCAGUGAUGAGGUUUAUAUAGAACACAUGUCCAGCUCAAGCGGGGAUUUGAAAGCGCAGCAAAAAAUCUAUGGUCGAAGAAGAAGAAGAAAGGAGUGUGUACAUGAUUGA